CAAAUGUGCAAUUAAGCUUCUAUUGUUAUCAAGUUCUAACAGCUAGUUGCUAGUUCUUUUCCUGUAAAACCAAAGUGUUUAUCUUUUUAUUGAAAUGAGGGUGAAAUUCUCCCUGUACUAAGAUUAUAUCUGGUAUAAUCUGCAGCAAGGUUAAUGGCGAAACACAAGAGAAAAGCGAAACGUGCCGCACAUGCUUUCACUAAAAACGAGGCGAAAGAGGGGAAAGAAAAUCCGUUUGAAGUCCGCAUCAACAAACGUCGUUACGAUAUUUUAGGACAAAAAGUGAAACACGACAAAGGCAAUCCUGGUAUUUCUCGUUCGCGUGGUCUUAAGAAACGUGAAAAGACUUUGCUGGUGGAGUACAAACAACGGCAUAAGGCUAAUACAUUCAUUGAUAAACGAUUUGGAGAAUAUGAUGAACAACUUUCUUUGGAAGAGAAAAUGCUGAAACGUUUUGCAACUGAGAAGCAGAAACAUCAUGAAAAGAGUCACUUGUUUAAUCUUGAAGAUGAAGAAUUGACACAUUUUGGGCAAUCACUUGGUGAUAUCAAGCAUUUUGAUGGUCCAGUAUUGAGUGAUGAUGAGAAAGAUGAUAAUGAUUAUAAAGAUGAGUAUCAUUUUGGUGGUUUUCUGAAGAAAAAAUCUCAAGAUAUUGGAAAGGAUGGUAAUGAACCAAGAAGCAAGAAAGAAAUAAUGGAGGAAGUGGUUGCAAACGCUAAAAUUAAAAAGCAUGAAAGACAACAGGCUAAGGAGGAAAUGGAUACUGUCCGUCAAAAACUCGAUGAAGGUCUUGAUGAUAUCAGAAGUCUGUUGAAGUUCCGAGCAGAUGGAAAUGAACAAGAGCGGAAACAGAAAGCGGAUGACUAUGACAUAACCGUACGAGAAAUGGCAUUUGAAGUGAAAGCGCAAGCGAGUGAUAAACUGAAAACUGAGGAACAGUUGGCAAAAAUGGAAGAGGAAAGAUUGAAAAAAUUAGAGUCUGAUAGAAUACGCCGAAUGAAAGGUCUUCCUCGUGAAGAAAAAAAACCAACCCAUGUAUCCGCUGAUGAUCUUGUUGACUGUUAUACCGUGGAUGUGGAUAACAGGUCAAUGUUGACAUAUGAAGAAGGAAGAAUGGUUCUACCAGAUGGUUAUGAGGAGAACUUGGAGAUGCAAGAGAAUGAUGAACAAGAUGAAGAUCCCGACGAUAAUGAUAAAAAUGAUGAUGAAGAGGAAGAUAGUUAUCAUUCAGAUGAAGUUGAUUCAGAUAUUGAAUCAAGUGACAGCGAAGAUUCAGAAGAAGAGACGAAAGAAGUGAAGUCAGCUCAAACUGAUAAAACACACCUCAGGACAAUGUCUAACGAUGUCACUAAAACUAGAAAAACAUCUGAGACAACAGAAGAUACCCUACCCUACACCUUCAAAGCUCCUGGAUCAUAUGAAGAGUUUUAUAAACUAGUGAGGGAAAGGUCAACUUCAGAUGUGGUGAAAAUCGUUGAACGCAUUCAAAAAUGCAAUCAUCCAAAACUGAAUCCUCACAACAAAAAGAAAAUGGAGGUGUUUUUCGAUAUUCUCGUGAAGUAUGUUGAUGAUCUUGUAUUUGCGACGACGCCGAAAUUAAACGUUGUUGAUUCUCUUGUUUGUCAUCUCUUCGACCUGGCUCAACACUCACCUUUACACACGGCGAAAACGAUGCAAAAUAAAUUAAAAGAAAUCCAGAAACGUUUUUGUGAAUUAAGUCGAAAACAUAAAGUCCCGGACUUGCAAACGGUUAUAUUUUUAAGAAUCGUGUCUGUCCUAUUUCCAACAUCGGAUUUUCGACACGGAGUCUGUACGCCAGCGCUGAUCUUUAUGGCUCAAAUAUUAUCUCAGAUUACAGUUCAGAGUACAAGAGAUGCUCUCAUCGGGUUAUUUGUUUGCAAUCUGGUUUACGAGUUUGUGCACUCGUCCAAACGAUACGUUCCAGAAGUGAUAAACUACUUCAUAGGAAUUUUGUAUCUUUCAUCCGAGAAGACUCAACCAGCAGGAAAAAUAUUUCCACCGUUCAAAUCUCGUUCAAAACACAGAGAUAUACUGAAGAUUUCGUCUGAUACGACAAUAAGUAACGUCUCAAAACCAGUCAGCCUUCAUAGCAUUUUCUCUUGUGAUGUUGAAGAGGAUGAUAUAUCCAGAAACACCGCUCUGCACACAUGCCUGGUUUUGUUGAAGAGAUUUGUCACGCUCUAUUCUGACCUCGUAUCCUUCCCAGAAAUAUUUCAACCGGUCGCUCAACAUAUGAAAAACAUUACGAUAUCGAAAUAUUCUUUAGCAGUCCAGGAAUUACAAAGCGAGAUAUUGAAAAGCAUCACAAGCCACGAGAUAAAUCGUCAACCACUCGCAAUGCAAACUCGCCGUCCAACGCCAAUUCAAAUGUUUGAACCAAAGUUUGACGAACAAUAUGAAGUAAAGCGCAAACGCUCAUCUGGCAACAAAAACAUUAAUGAACGUCAAAAACUUCGUUACAAACAUAAAAAAGAGUUUAAGGGAGCUUUGAGGGAAAUACGAAAAGACAGUCAAUUUUUGGCACGGCAACAAUUGAAAGAACAGCUACAAAGGGACGCGGAACGAGCGCAAAAAACGAAGCAAAUCCAAGCGAUGUUGUCGAACCAGCAAGCCGAGGCAAACGAAUUUAACAGAAAGAAACGAAAAAAGAGGAACUAAGUUUGGUAAAUAUUAUCGCUGCCGUA